CCCCAUCUCCUUCCAUUCCGCUACAGGAAGGGCACAAUUGGAUGGGAUUCAUGGGACAUUUCUACGUGUUUUCCUUUGAUUUCCUCCAGAUAUUUUCACCUGCCUGAUGUCCAUCUGGUUGGGCCUUUGCGUGUUCAUUCUCUUUGCCGACAUAGAAGUCAUUUACAAGGGUCUACAGGUGAGUGCUCUGGGGGCUUUGGGGGGGCAGCCCUUGAAGGCAGCUGGGAAUGACCCAAGCCCUGCAGAGACAGCCCUGCCCUCAACGGAGUGGCCCUGGCCUCAAUGGCCCCAGACCGUGCCCUCCCAGGGGUGGCUCUGCAGCUGACCAGCCCUUCAGUCCUUCUCUCUUGACCAAUCCCCUGAUGACCUUCUCCCUUGCUUACCAAUGUUGGCAUGGAUCCUAGCCAGCCUCUUUUCUGGCCAGUUGGAGAGAGGGCAGGAGGUUUGAAUAGCUAUCAAAAUGUAUAAGGUAUCCUGUAUUUCUCUGCAUGUUCGUGCUUGUACAUUUUGGCAUCUUUUUCUGCAGAUCAUAGUAACGAAUUUCUGUUGCUUGUCUUAAUCCUCUCUCUCUUUUCGGAAAACAUUGGUGGUUACCAUAGCUCACCAGGAAGGACCCUCCUUAACUGCGGUCCAGAGCUUUCAAACCUCCACUUCAUAGUCCUCUGGACUGUCCUUCCCAAUUUAGUGUCAGCUGCGAACUUGAUAAAUAUGCCUUCUAAACCUUCAUCCAAGUCAUUAAUAAAGAUAUUGAACAGCAACAGAACUGAACCCUGUGGAACUCCACUAAUUCACUAAUUUGGCAAAUCCCAGCACUCCUUGUCUAAAGACUUUCUGAAACUACAACUCCUGGGACUCCAUAGUUUGAGCCAUGACCAUUCAAGUGGGGUCAAACUGCAUUCAUUGUACAGUGCAGAUGCUCCCUUUGACCACAUGGUGGAUUCCAUGGUUUGGAGGCUCUCCCUGGAUCACCGUCUUUGUUGUAUAGAUGCGUUUAAAAAGCUGGAAUCUCUUCUCCCAUCUCGUGUUCUCCUUCAAAUGUGUGUUUUUGGGGUUCCCGGACCCCUUCCUGACCCCAUUUUCUUUCUCUACAGCUGCUCUGCAUCCCCAACCUCUGGAGGGGUUAUAUUCUGAUCAUGAUCGUGGUCCGGUUUGCAGUCUCCGUUUUUGUGGAAGAUGCCCUCCUGGAGAACCGGCGCCUCUGGCUCUGGAUCAAGGCCUUGUUGGGCAUCCGCUCCUCCAGCAAAUACCGGAAGUUGCAGCGGCAGGUGGAGGGAGAGGCCUCUUGGCCUCCGACGAACCACAGAGAUUUUGCAGAGGAUGCAAAAAGAAAUAGAAAAAGCAAGACCUACGUCAACCCUGCCUAUGAAAACAGCAAAGAUGACUAGCUGAUCAUGAAGAGCUGGAUAGAGGGACAAGGCCUUGCAAACUUCUUGUUGCAUGCCUUCAGAUCCUUUCCUUGGCAAGGUUUGUCCAGAGGAGUUUGCCUUUGCAUUCUGUUGAGCAAUUGCAGUACAGACAAAAACCGCAGCCUCAGGGACCUGGCAUGCCUAGCUUUCAAGAAGGCCAAACCAGACACAGAUGGGUUUAAGGCAAAAACAAAGGUUUAUUCUCAAUGGCCAGAGAGGAUGACACUCCAAAUUACCGACAUAACAUAAUUGCAAAUACAGAGCAUUUUUAUUUCAUUUGACAGCCACUCAAGAAACCUGCAUCGUCUUCUGAUUGGUUCAAAAACUGUCCUGAGUUGCUGAGGACUAUGUUGAACAUCAUCACUGGUUGAAUCCUUGUUGUGACGGGAAAUUCAAUAAGCUGCUAUUAAAGUAUUUUAAGUGUCA